AUGGUGACACUAAAAUCACCAACACCUCAUAAGUAUAAGAAAGGCAUAUUUGGGUCAAAAGAUGGUGAUAAAGAGUGGAGUUUGUUUCUGAUCGUAACAAGAUUUUGCACCCCAUCUGUUUGUUACGCAACGUACAGCUUAUUAAUUAUGAAUUAUGAUCUUAUGCUCAAAAUACAGCUUGGUAUAAGACAUUCUGUAGGAAGGCUAGGUCCAACUGAAUCUAUAAAACUGAAGCCUACAGCUUUUGAUGCCAAGAAAAGGUUAGGGACAAAGUUUCCUCCUGAGGGAUUGAAACAUACGCCACCUCACCAGUCAUCUGAAUUUAUAUGGAGAGAUUAUUGCCCCUUAGUUUUCAGGGCUCUUAGGAAACUAUUUAAUUUGGAUGUGGAUGAUUACAUAUUAUCAAUAUGUGGAAAUGAUGCUUUUCGGGAGCUCUCUUCUACGUGGAAAGGUGGAAGUUUCUUUUACUUGACUCACGAUGACAAGUACAUGAUCAAGAUAAUAAAAAAAUCAAAAGUUAGAGUUCUAAACAGAAUGCUUCCAGCCUAUUUCGAGCACGUGAAGUCGUUUGAGAACACACUUGUUACAAAAUAUUGUGGACUACAUUGCGUGAAGUUAAGUGGGCCCAUACAAAAGAAGGUGCGGUUUGUUAUAAUGGGAAAUUUUCUAUGUACUGAAGUACCUAUUCAUAGACGCUAUGAAUUGAAAGGGUCUUCACAUAUGGGAAUAACAGAAAAACCAGAAACCGAAAUUGAUGCAAACACCACACUUACAGAUCUUGAUCUUAAAGUUAUUUUUCGGUUGCAGAAAGAUUGGUUUCAAGAGUUUUGCAGCCAAGUGAACAAGGAUUGUGACUUUCUUGAACAAGAGAGAAUUACCGACUACAAUCUAUUGGUUGGUAUUAGCUUUCAAGAACCACAUAGGCAAGCAGCUGAAGUGAAUGCCACGCAUGAUAGCAAUGGAACAACUCCUAGCCUUUCAGCAGACAUGGAUUCUCUUAUAAAUCCUACAAAGUAUAAUUGUUUACGACUAGGGAUUAAAAUGCCAGCAUGCAUCGAAUUCACUGUGAGAAGCAAUGACACGCAACUAGUUGGAGAACCAACAGGACAAUUUGGUGAUGUCAUCCUUUUCAUUGGUAUAAUAGAUAUACUACAAGAUUAUGAUAAAAGUAAACACACAUAUAAAUCAUUCCAAUGUGAUCCCACUUCCAUUUCUGCUAUCGACCCAAGAUUUUAUUCUAAAAGAUUUAAGGAUUUUAUAUUUAGAGUUUUUUCAGAUGAUAGUUAA